GCGCAGACCGGCGCACACAGCUGCCAUCCCGGAAGUCACAGUAAAACUGGAUUAUGAAGUAGGGAAGAAGACUCAUAAAGUUAAUUUCUUCUCGGCUGUCUUCUCCACCGGAGGCUGCUUUCCUGUAGCGGACCACGGACCUACCAGACACGAAGAACAAUGUUCCUGUACAUCCUUGGACUGGUGCCGGUCUGGUUCCUCUAUCGCUGGUACAGAGAAAGCAAAAGAGUUUCCAACAAGGGCGACAAAUAUGUCUACAUCACCGGCUGUGACUCUGGGUUCGGUAAUCUCUUGGCGAGACACCUGGACAAGCUCGGCUUCCUUGUGAUUGCAGGCUGUUACACCGACAAAGGCGAGGAUGAGCUGAAGAAGAGCUCCUCUGAAAGGCUGACCACCAUUCAUGUGGAUGUCUCGGACUCUAAAAGUGUCAGCAAAGCAGCAGACGUCAUCAAGUCUCUGGUUGGACAGAAGGGCCUGUGGGCCGUUGUGAACAACGCUGGAGUCAGCGUGCCGUCUGGUCCCACUGACUGGCUCACCAUAGACGAUUUCAAGAAGAUGCUAGCCGUCAACCUAACCGGCGUGAUCGACGUGACGCUGAGCGUCCUCCCUGUCAUCAAGAAGGCCAAAGGCAGGGUGGUCAACGUUGCCAGUGUUUUCGGGCGGAUCAGCCCAUUCGGUGGGCCUUACUGCGUGUCCAAGUACGGAGUGGAGGCCUUCAACGACGGUCUGCGUCUGAACAUGGCACCAUUUAGAGUUAAGGUCGCAUGCAUUGAGCCAGGCUUCUUCAAAACCAAUGUGACUGACACAGUGGCACUGAAGAAUAACAUGAGGAAGCUCUGGGAAUCACUACCUCAGGACGUGAAGGACGACUAUGGACAUAAAUUCUUGGACAAUGCUCUUGAGACGAUGGAUAAAACGAUGACGCAGUUGUCUGAUCAGGAUCUGAUGAAGGUGGUCGGCUGUAUGGAGCACGCCAUCUCCGCCGUUCAUCCUCGCACCCGCUACUCCCCCGGAUGGGACGCCAAGUUCUUCUGGCUGCCUAUGUCCUACAUGCCAGCCUGCAUCACGGAUGCAUUUUUCCUUGCAACGGGACCAAGGUCCAAACCAGCUGGUCUGUAGUUCCUUUCACAGCAGUUAUAGGAGAAACAUUGUGUUACUGAUUUUUAGGUCACUUGUGUGUUGUUGUGACCCCAUGCAUUAUAUCUAUCGAUUUACAUGUUCCAAUCUCAGUACUGUAAUAAAUCGUGAUUCCCCUACCAUUGUUACCUAUGUUUACUUGUAAUGCUCAUCUGCUCCGUAACCUUUGCUCCGAGAUUGUAUGUUUCUGGAGCAGAUUUAUGGUUGAAGGGGAAUGCCGUUAUCAAAACCAGGAGACUUGCAAUCAGUCUGUUACACAACCCAUCUCUGGUGAAUUAUUUAGCCCCACUGUUAUGUUCAUUAUGGACCUUGACUCUACAAACACGCCGUGUAACUUCACCUGCAGCUGCAAGGACUGAUUUCCAGGAGAUCAUCUGUCCAUUCGGUUAAUUUCCGCCUAAAGAAUUAUGGUAUGUUUGUUUUCAUGGUUAUGCAUGUUAUACUUGAAUUGCUGUUGUUUUAUUAAUCAUCCCUUAAUGAGCACCCAGUUGUUACCUAGCAUCUGCAUAUUGCCUUAAUCUUAACUUAUUUUACACUAAGUUAUCUAAAAACCAGUAUGUAGAGGAUGUGUUCUGUUUUUGUUUUGUUUUUUGUCUCUAAAAGAACGAUGUAAGUUGGUAUUCGAGUGACAGUUUCUGCAUUAAAGGAUCAUUGAAAUAGAAAA